AAUUAUUCCAACGAAAACAGUGAACCAGUCACUUUAAAUUGUUGCCGAUAUCGGAUGUGCAAUAAAAAAAAAAAAACAAGAUGAGCACAGCAAAUAAUCAACAAUUGCGAGAGCAACUAAUAGCAGCUGUGGUUAAAAAACGAGCAGCAUUGGCUAGAGCUCAUCAGAUAGUUGUCACACUUCUGGAACAACAAGUUGACGAACAGACGUUUCUAAGUCUGCUAACACAAAUCGGUCCAGAGAACUAUGCGGAUGUGGUCGAGGAAAGACACAUAAACAAACUGUGUGGAUAUCCACUCUGCGAUGUUGCUGUGGAAAAGGUACCUACUAAACAAUAUCAAAUCUGCGCUAUCCGUAAUAAGGUGUACGAUAUAACUGAGCGUAAAAAGUUCUGCUCUGGCUACUGCUUCAAGGCAUCCGAGUACAUCAAAUCCCAGGUGCCGACUUCACCACUUUGGUUGCGGGACACGGAAAAGAAACCAGAUUUUAAGUUGUUGCCGCGAGAAAAUUUAAAACCCGCCCAAUAGAUAGAAACUGUGAUAAUAUUUUCAAUGCUAAUGUAAUCGUAUUUAUUAAACAUCUAAGAAUCACUA